UCAUGUGACUAAGGUAAAAAAUAAAAAGGGCGGGGAUUGUAUUCUGAGCCUCGCCUAGCCGGCGGGUGGCAACCUCCGACACAGGAAGGCUUGUUAGAAAUGGCUGUUGGAUUUCGAAGGAAGGGGCAGUCGAAGCGGGCAAACUCGAAGCUUUCCUCUUCCAUGGUUUCUCCUUCUUCUACUCGCUCAAAACCCAUCACUUUUUCCCGGCUUAGAGGUUUCACAGGUAGCAGCGGGUCCCUUCGCAGUGUGCUGGUAGUUCUCUUCGUCAUCUUCUUUGUAUUCGUCACGUGGAAGCUCGCCUCUUCUCAAGGGCCGAUCCCUCACUUUUAUUCUUUUGAUGUUGUCAAUGAGUUUCCCCACGAUCCAGAAGCAUUCACCCAGGGCCUCCUAUACGAUGGAAAUGGUACAUUACUUGAGUCGACUGGUUUUUAUGGGAAGUCAACAGUAAGAAAGGUUGAUCUCCAGUCUGGAAAGGUAGAACUUUCUUAUGCUAUGGGCAAAUCUUUUUUUGGAGAAGGCCUCACCCUUUUUGGUGAAAGGUUGCUCCAAGUGACCUGGUUAACAAAAACUGGGUUCAUAUAUGAUCGGUAUAAUCUAAGCAAGAUCGGUAGAUUUGCUCAUCCAAUGAACGAUGGUUGGGGACUUGCAACAGAUGGGAAAGUUAUAUUUGGUAGUGAUGGUAGCUCAACACUUUACCUGCUUGACCCUGUUACUUGGAAAGCUAUGAAAAAAACAACGGUUAAAUACAAUGAUCAUGAAAUUUCUCUUCUAAAUGAAUUGGAAUAUGUGAAUGGUGAAGUAUUGGCAAAUGUUUGGCAGACAGACUGCAUUGCUAGAAUUUCACCUGACAGUGGUUCAGUUCUUAGUUGGAUUCUUCUCCAUGAAUUGAGGCAAAACUUAUUAAAAUUGGGGCACACGGGCAUUGAUGUUCUCAAUGGAAUUGCUUGGGAUGAGAAAAAUAAGCGCCUCUUUGUGACAGGGAAGUUGUGGCCAAAGCUCUAUGAGAUCCGGCUGCGCCCUGUAACUCCACCAUUUAAUGGUAAUAUAAAAAAAAUCUGUCCGAUUAGGGGCUCAGGUGAAGAAGAUUCAACUUAACAGCUUUGCCAAAUCUUGGUUGGGAGAAGAUUUGAAGAGGGAGCCAACAUCAAAGAAUGCGUUCUCUACUAAUGAGGAUUACUCAUCUUUGUCAUUGUUAUUCGAUAAAUUUUACGCUAGUUGUCGAUAACAAAUUUGGUGUAAGAAUUUCUCCAUCGAUUGAGGUAGUGAAGAAGGUCUAUAGUUGCAGAAUCCUACACAAGAAGAUCUUGGUGUGGACAUCAAUGGUGUUUUCUUUGUGCUGUAAAUUUACUCUAUUCUCUAAGCACUUUUGCCCAUCAAUGCACCCUUGAGCAAUUUACUAAAAGAGUUGUUCUUCCCUAAACAAAUUAAAUUGUGUAGUUAGCAACUUCUAUUAUUAGAGUGGUAGCUAAGCUAUUAUUUGAUGCA